UUGAUGUCCACAGUUAAACAUACAGAACAGUUUUUGUUAGAAAUUAGAAUAGCCCGGAGGACAUUUGGAGCAUGCAAUGAGUGCUUGAAUCACAACCUGUACUGAGGGGAAACGGGCUCUUUUUAAAAAGAGGGGGGAAGUCUGAUUUUAAGCCCAGAACGAAACGCACCGCGGCUCAAUGCACAUUGUGGAUUACCUUUUCCCUGCGUGAAAAAGAGAAAGCAAGGUGUUCAUUUUUUUUUUUUUUUUUCCAGGAGCUGAAAACUAAUGAAUCGAUGAGAGAAGGGCUGUGCAGACCCCCCGCUGUCCUGUGAGAUUACUGUGGCACUCUUAAAGGAGAAGGCGAGACUCCGUCGGCAGCAGCAGCAGCAGCUCGGAACCGAGCCAUGAUUAGGACGCUUACGGACAGCUUCAGAGAAGAUGCACCUCGACCCCCGGUACCAGGGGAAGAAGGAGAGUCCUCAUGCCAGCGCAAGUUCGCCAUGAAAACCCAAAAGGCGAAGACAACCGUGGCACCCCUCUCCUCGGACGCCGCGCCGCGGAGGAACGAGGGUGAUCUCGGGGAGCCCGAAGGCAGCGCCUCCCCGGACUCCCCACUCUCUCGGUGGACUAAGUCGCUGCACUCGCUCCUGGGCGACCAGGACGGAGCCCACUUGUUCAGGAUCUUUUUGGAACGCGAGAAAUGCGUUGACACUUUGGAUUUCUGGUUCGCCUGCAACGGGUUCAGGCAAAUGGACCGCCAGGAAACCAAAACUCUACGAGUUGCCAAAGCUAUUUACAAGAGGUAUAUCGAGAACAACAGCAUCGUUGCCAAGCAGCUGAAACCCGCCACGAAAACCUACAUAAGGGAUAGUGUUAAGAAGCAACAGAUCGACUCUGCGAUGUUUGAUCAGGCGCAGACCGAGAUUCAGACAACGAUGGAGGAGAACGCGUACCAGAUGUUUUUGACUUCUGAGGUUUACCUCGACUACGUGCGGGCUGGGGGCGAGAACCCGGCGUGCCCGACCCUGAACGGGCCAGGGAGUCUGAAAGUCGUGUGUGGCUACUUGCCUACCCUGAACGAAGAGGAAGAGUGGACUUGCAACGAUUUCAAAGCCAAGGCGCUGGCAUCUAUGGUGGGACUAUCUUCAAAAUCGUUGCGGGCAACCGCUUCACUGAGAACUACGGAAGUCAUUGAAAAUGGUUACAGGUCCUAUAGACGCAAGGACCCUGUCAACCCCUACCAUGUCAAUUCUGGCCAUGUGUUUGCUCCUGUGACCAGUGCGAACGACAGUGAAAUAUCCAGCGAUGCAAUGACUGAUGAUUCCAUGUCCAUGACUGACAGCAGUGUAGAUGGGAUUCCUCCGUACAGACUGGGGAAGAAGCACUUACAGCGAGAGAUGCAGCGCAGUGUCAAGAUGAACGGCCAGGUCUCGCUGCCUCAUUUUCCCAGGACACACCGGCUGCCCAAGGAGAUGACUCCCGUGAACCCAGCCUCCUUCGCUGCGGAGCUCAUCGCCCGGCUGGAGAAGCUCAAGAGGGAGCAGGAAACCAUGAGCAGCCUGGAGGAGAGGCUGCAGCAAAUCAAAGAGGAGGAGGAGAAAGAGGACACUGAGGUGCCAGCUGGGAGCGGGCAGGCCGCUCAGGAGGCAGCGCACUCCCAGCCUCACUCCCUGGCUCUGCUGCCGUCGUCUGGCAGCUGCGAGGAAGACCCCCAGGCUAUCCUGGACGAGCACUUGUCGAGGGUGCUGAAGACACCGGGGUGCCAAUCUCCAGGGGUGGGCCGCCACUCCCCCCGCUCCAAAUCCCCAGACCACCACCACCCCCUGCACCGGGGCAGCGUGCCGUCACUGCCGUACCCCCUGGGCUCCAAACCCUUCGUCACAAAGCAGUCCACCAAACAUGUUCACCACCACUACAUCCACCACCACUCGGGGCCCAAGAGCAAGGAGCAGAUCGAGGUGGAGGCUGCCCAGCGGGUGCAGUGCCUGUGCCCGGGCAGCACGGACUACUGCCCCUACCCCAAAUGCAGAAGCCACUCGAAAGACCAGAACGCAGGGCAAGGGGAUCAGUACGGAUUUGGCAGUCGGUCUAGCACGCUGUCUAAGAGGAGCUGCAAAGCCAGUGAGAGCUCCGCGCUUCCCAACGGGGAUGGGGGGGCGGGCUCCGGGCAGCUCCCCUCGGACGGGACGGACCGCUCCCACAGCGUCUGGCAGUGGAUGUUGGAGGGGGAGAGGCAGAGCAAGCACAAAACACACAGCACUCAAGGUACGAAGAAGACAUAUGGCUCCGACUCGAGAGGAGCCCCCGGGGAGAAGUCCGGUCGCCAGCACUUGUGGGGGAGCGGCGGUCACCAGCGGACACACCAGCCAGCCCACCCCUUCAUCCAGGACCCGGCUAUGCCCCCCCUGCCACCCCCCAACACCCUGGCACAGCUGGAGGAGGCCUGCCGACGCCUGGAGGAGGUGUCCAAGCCAGCCAAACAGAGGUAUUCAACAUCAAGCCUUCAGAGAGACAGGAGUCACCCAAGUACUUCGCAAAGUGGAGUCCCGCCUUUAUCAAGUCCUGGACUUCAAACAGAAGAACACAAAGAACCAAAGAGAGCGCACAGUGGUCCCAGUGGCCAGGCCAGUGAGAUGGUGGUUACAUACUUUUUCUGUGGCGAGGAGAUCCCCUACCGGAGGAUGAUGAAGUCGCACUGUCUGACGCUGGGGCACUUCAAGGAACAGCUCCGGAAAAAAGGAAAUUACAGGUACUACUUCAAGAAGGCCAGCAGUGAGUUUGACUGCGGGGCGGUUUUCGAGGAGAUCUGGGAGGACUGCACGGUCUUGCCCAUGUAUGAGGGCAAGAUUCUGGGGAAAGUGGAAAGAGUGGACUAAAGAGAAAGGACUUUUGAAGAUUCUUUAUUAAGCUAAAGAGGUAUAUCCAGGAGACCACACAUUUUGAAGGAAAAAUGAGCCAAUGAAGAAGUAAUAAUAAUAGUAAUAAUAGGAACCGAAGUGGAUGGAAGACUUGCCAGAGCAGCCUGACAGCAGCAGGGAUUGCGUUGAAGGUUCAUAAAGUUGGUGUGCAGAAAUAUGAAGAGCUCGGAACUGUGUAUAGCUGGAAAAAAAAAACAUGACCACUGAUUGGUUAUUGAAGACGCUGACCAUUGCAAAAAAGACUAUUGUAAAAACUGUGGACUUCCUGAGGAGAAGGAAUUGACGGGUGUGGAACCGGACUGUGCGUCUGCCUUAUAUAUAAUAUUAUUAUAACCCUUAAUAUAUAUUUAUUAAACUGUCACCCCCCCCUGUCCCUGCCCCGACUCCACCGUGUCCAGAUUAUGGAUAUGCUGCUUCAAACAAAACUUAUCUUUCUGAUUUUACAAGGGUUUAAUUACAGCGCUUCAUUUUUAUUUUUUUUUAAAGCGCCCAGCUGUGCAAAAUGUUUCCCCCCCCCCCGAAGAUGAAUUAUGAAAGUAUGACUUGCACCUGUUGAAUCCACUGGUGUAGAAGUGGUCCAGUCUGAAUCGCUAGGGUUCACACUCUCUCAUUCUGGAAUAGCAGGUCUUUAUAUGUUGCCUCUAGUGCCUCCCUGUGGCCGGGCAUUGCACAGACUAAAUAAGAAUUCAAACAGCCUGGAACACACGACCUAUAUCACAAGACACGUCUCAACGUGUUAAUUAUGAAAUAAGAAUUCAUUCAUUAUUUAAAAUAACAACAGCAAACAAGUUUACAUUGAAGUAUCAGGAGCCCCAAAAUACCAUUGCGUAUUUAAUGAUCACCUGUAUCCAGGAAAUAUUAUUGUGUAUUAAAGAAUGUGUGUCUCUCACACACACACACAGACACACACACACACACACAGACAGUUUGUAAAAGAAAACAACACUCCGCAAUCGCAUUUUGUAGAUUUUUUUGAUUUAAAACAUUAUCUAAGAGGAAAUGUACAUAUUGUCACGAUUGUAUUGUAAGAGUUGUAAUACACCAUGGGUUAUGCUGAAGUGGUACAGUACCUGUGCCUGCAUGGUGUCACAAUGCCAUGUGUUGCCCUGUGUUCAGGGCUCAAUAUUCCCUUGCUUUUUUAAGGGGCUUAUGUUUUUAAAGAUGUUUUUGUCAGUCUUGCAAUGUCGUUUCUUUUUAUUUUUGUCAUGGCAUUUUUGUUCUACUUUAAACUGUAAAUUAUGCAUUAUCAAAAGAGUUUCCUUAAAAGAAUACUUGGUACUUUAAUUAUUGUAAUUAUUAAGAGA